AUGAAGUAAAUUAACGUGAUUUUAUGUAUCUUAACAAUUCAAAUAAUGGGAUAAAUUGUAAUUCAAACCCAAUAAAAAUGUUUAUGCUCUGAUAUUUAAGAAUAAAAAUAAUGUGAAUUAAUAAAUUGUUAUUGGGAUGGACAAUGUUUGGAUGAUACAUGUUAAAAUAAAAAAUAAGAUAAAUGUUAUGGAGAUUGUUAAUGGUAAGAUGAAAAAUGCAUAGAUUAUAUUUUAAGUUGUAGUGAUUAUAGCACUUAAAAGAGUUGUGAUUAAAGAAAUGAUUGUGGUUGGGCAUCUUCAGAAAAAUGUAUAUAAUUUAAAAGUUGUUCAGAGUUUUCUGUAUCAGAACCUAAUUUAUGUUAUACAAAAGGUUCUAAUUAAUGUGAAUCAUCAUUUACACCAAUUAAUGGUCUAUACUAAUGUAAAGAUAAAGUGAAUGUAGAAUGUGGAAUAUUAACAUCAAAAACUAUAUGCAAUAACUCUUAAUAAUCAAAUAAUGUAAAGUGUGGAUGGAAAUAAUCAACUAAUUAAUGUUUAGCCAUUAUGAAUAUUAAUAGUUGUGAAAAUGCUAAAGAUUGGUAAGAAAUGUGUGAUAUUUAUGCUUGUAUUUGGGAAAAUGGAAUAUGUAAAAUAAGAGAUUGUACCACUUUCACUAUUUAAGAAACUUGUAAGUAUAUUCCAAAUUAUGAUUACUCUUAAAUUUCAGUUUGCAUUUGGACAGAAGAUAAGUGUUAAAGUGUCUAAAGUUCAGAUGAUUUACCAUAACAAUAGUGUUUUGAGAAUACAAAUGGAGGAUAUAUGUGGAUAAAUGAUGGUUGUACAUCUUGUACAGGUUAUGCUUAAUUUCUAAAUAUAAUAAUUAUGUUGAUAAUUAUUAAUAUUAUUUGA